AUGGCAUUCGAAACUAAAGCCACCAUCGCCAACUUCGGCGGCAAGCUUCUCAAGCUUCAACACCAAUCCAGUGGCACCAACACACCUAUGGACGUAAACCUCUUCCUCCCACCCGCCGCCCUAAUCAACGGCGGCCACAAAGUCCCCGUACUAAUCUACCUAUCCGGUCUAACCUGCACACCCCAAAACUGCACCGAGAAAGGCUUUUUCCAAGCCCACGCCGCGGCAAAGGGAAUCGCAUUAGUAUGGCCCGACACCUCCCCACGCGGCGCCAACAUCGCCGGCGAGACCGAGAGUUGGGACUUUGGCGCCGGCGCGGGAUUCUACGUGGACGCGACACAAGACCCGUGGAAAGGAUUCUACCGUAUGGAAUCCUACAUCUCCACCGAACUCCCCUCUGCGCUCUUCGCUGCGUUCCCGGAGCAAUUAGACGCGGAGCGGGUUAGUAUCACAGGCCAUAGUAUGGGCGGGCACGGCGCCUUAACUCUCUACUUGAAAAACCCCGGGAAAUACCGCAGUGUAAGCGCCUUUGCGCCCAUCGCGAACCCGUCGGAAUGUGCGUGGGGGAAGAAGGCGUUUACGGGAUACUUGGGCGAGGAUACGGCACAGUGGAAGAAACAUGACGCUACUGAGCUUGUGAAGGGGUGGAAGGGUGAUUUAAAGGCGCUGGUGGAUGUGGGGACGGGCGAUAACUUUUAUAAGCAGGGACAGUUACUGCCGGAGAAUUUUGAGAAGGCGGUUAAGGAGGCGGGUGUGCAGGGUUUGACGUUGCGGUACCAGCCGGACUACGACCACUCGUACUUCUUCAUGUCUAGUUUUGCUGGCGACCACGUCGAGCACGCCGCAAAAUACUUGUUCGCCUAG